GUGACUUGCAGCUACUACACUCUCACCGCACACCUCCUCCUCUGCCACAGUUUUUAAGUCAGAGUCUGGACAAUGGGCGACUGGGAGACGGUCAACCAGGUGUGGGGUGCCGUGGAGGGUGACCUGCCCAGUCUGGGCCAGGCCUUCAUGCUCAGGUUAUUCAAGGAUCACCCAGAUACAAAAGCCUACUUCUCCAAGUUUAAGAGCAUGUCCCUGUCUCAGCUGGAGAAAGAUGAGGAUCUGAAAGUCCAGGGCAACACCGUGCUGAGGGCUCUGGGAGAUAUUGUGAAAACGAAGGGCAACCAUGGCAGCAACGUGAAGGCUCUCGCAACCACUCACAUCCACCAGCACAAGGUCCCACCUGAGAACUUCACUCUGGCCAGCAAAGUCAUUGUGGCCCUCCUCGUCGAUAAGUACCCGAGUGAUAUGACCGGACCGGUCCAGCAAGCCUUCACCAACGUCCUCCGCACCGUGUGCACCGACCUUGAGGCAGAGUACAAGGCUGCCAAUUUCCAGCCUUAACGGCCACUUGACAAUGGGAACCGCCUGCACAGUGCCUCUCCUGAAUCAAGCUCCUAACAGCGCCAAAACCAUUUUGAAAACUAUGAUGAUGAUGACAGCUUUUAGAAGUGAUUAUUCAGCCUUAAUUUAAUGGCGGGCUCUACCGACUGUAGAUACUGUACUUUCUUAGCUUGCAAUGUAAUGUUUCUAUAAUGUAACCAAUGUGGGAAGAUGCAAAUAGUCCAUCAAACUCCUUUCACAUGACCAUGUAGUUGAAGUUGCCUUGUCCUAUCAUUGCCGCUUUGAAAACCAACCAGCCAAGGUUCACAGAGCAGUUUCAACCCAGUGUACCGUGGACCCAACUCUGGACCAGCUCUCCACGUCCAAAGUUGAUGCUGACAAAUGAAGCUCUCAGUAGGUUAUCUAGAUGGAGUAAGAUUGACAGUACAGUCCAAUGUAAUCACCUUCUCUCCCUCACAAAACUGAAGAUCUCACUUCUCACUGGCAAACGAACAUGCGGCUACAAUUGCCCUGGUAUUUAAGAUAUCCAUUAGGGUCAAAGAGAGAUACGGCGUGGAAACAGGCCCUUCGGCCCAACUUGCCCACACCGGCCAACAUGUCCCAGCUACCCUAGUCCCCUACACCAGCCCGUGUUUGGUCCAUAUCCCUCCCAACCUGUCUUAUCCAUGUUCCUGUCUCAUGGUUUUCUAAAUGUUGGGAUAGUCCCUGCCUCAACUACCUCCUGUGGCAGCUCGUCCCAUACACACACCACUAUGAGUGUGAAAAAGUUACCCCUCAGAUUCUCAUGAAAUCUCUUCUCCUUCACCUUGAACCUUAAACCUAUUGUGUUAACAUUGGUCAACAGGUACAAAUUGGAGCAAAGGUCCUGUUCACUAACAUCUGUUGACCACUGUAAACUUGAAUUUGCUUAAAAUGUUUCCACUGAUA